AUGAGCUCGGAUGACGACUUAAGAGAAGAACCCACUACUGUCAAGGAGAUUAUUCUGAGAGAGCAAGAGGAAGAACGCACAGUGAACGUGAACCCUAAUGAUCUUACGAUUGUCACCAUUGGGUCACCAAACUCAGGCUAUCAACUGGGAACGAACUUCAACCCGCCGCCUCAGCUUUCUGAUCCGGACGAUUUCACAGAAAGUGACUGGUCGCUCUGGUUACAUCUGGCUCAGAAGUCUCCUAAAUUCGGUGAUCCAUUGAACUUCACUUCGCACAUCCCAGAGUCCACACUAGUCACGUUUACCGUGACUCUCCACAGCCCAGAAUUCAUACAUUUGUAUCAGGUGCUUACACAUGAUGUUCCUGGAUCCGGUGCGCUUCUUUCGUUUCCCGAUAGCAACUGGAUGCUUAGCAUAAGUGUUCCUCACCAGCCCGUAUGCUCAAAUCAACCGCCUGGUACACAUGUCAUUUGGGGAUACGGUUUGCGCCCUGAGAAGAUGGGAAAUUUCGUUGACAAACCAAUGACAAAGUGUGCCGGGGAGGAGAUUAUGAAGGAGUUACUCUCCCAUCUCGACUUUCCCAUGGAAAGUAUCCUCCCUAAAUCCAUCACUAUCCCAUGCUUGUUGCCUCUAGCAACCUCAGCACUAUUACCGAGGUAUCCUAAAAAUCGCCCGGAGGUCAUUCCACGCGAUACCACCAAUAUCGCUCUUGUUGGACAGUUUACAGAGAUUGAGCGCGAUACAACCUUUAACAUGGAGUAUAGUGUACGGGGGGCUCAAAGCGCAGUAUAUACGUUGAUGGGCUUAAGAAAGUCGCCGCCGAAAACAAAGCGGAAUCUUCUUCUUGAUGUUUUUGAUCUGCUUGCAGAGGGCUGA